AUGGGGGCCUUGUGUGUGUUGCAGGUUGCCAAGUCCACUUUCAACAUGUCCGACAACGAGGAAGUGCCCCGCCCCCCCAUGACCAUGUUUUGUCUCCCUGUGUCUGCAGCGACCACGAACCUUCUCGUGUGCGCCCCUGACCUCCGACCCCCGGCGGCGGGGGGCGCACACGACAUUUCUAGCAUGGCGCGGUGGGGCAUGAGCGCCCGCAUGGGUCCCGCCGUACUCUUACCAUCAUCUUCUUCUCCUCCUUUUCUUCCUCCGUUCCUGAAGAGUAUGACGCCUCCCCCUCCCCCUCUGUCCCCCCCUCCUCUCUCCAUUAACGCCGCGCCCCCCUUCCCCCGACCCCUCCUUCCCCGCACUGCAUGCCGUGUAGUAGAGGAAGAGGAGGAGCUAGUAGAGGAAGUAGAGGUGUCCCCUGGGGCGGAAGAUGAAGCCGAGGUAGAACCAGAACCAGAACCGGAACCGGAACCAGAAGCGGAACCAGAAGCGGAACCAGAAGCUGAGGUAGACGCUGAGGCUGAGCUUGAAGAGGCCGUAGAAGAGGAAGAGGAGAGGCCAAAGUACAAGCCCUCCGGUCCGAAGAUCCCCGAUGGCGAGAAAGUGGACUUUGACGACAUCCAGAAGAAGCGUCAGAACAAAGACCUGGUGGAGCUGCAGACCCUGAUCGAGGCUCACUUUGAGUGCAGGAAGAAGGAGGAGGAGGAUAUUAUCGCCCUUAAAGACAGGAUUGACAAGCGUCGUGCUGAGAGGGCGGAGCAGCUGAGAGUGAGGACUGAGAAGGACAAGGAGCGUCAGGCCAGACGUGAGGAGGAGAGGAGGAUCAAGGAGGAGUCCGAUGCUAAGAAGAAAGCUGAUGAAGAAGCCAAGAAGAAAUCUGCAUUUUCCAACCUGGGCUCCAACUACGGCAGCCACCUUGCGAGAGCUGACCAGAAGAGAGGAGGAAAGAAGGAGACAGAAAGAGAGAAGAAGAAGAAGAUCUUGGCUGCCAGACGUAAACAACUCAACAUCGACCAUCUUAAUGAAGACAAACUCAAGGAUAAGAUCAAUGAGUUGUACGACUGGAUGUGUCAGCUGGAGUCUGAGAAGUUCGACCACACAGAGAGACUGAAGAGGCAGAAGUACGAGGUCACCACCCUGCGCAAGAGAGUGGAGGAGCUGAGCAAGUUCAGCAAAAAGGGAGCCGCCACCCGCCGCAGGAAGUAAGCCUCCGGCCGCAGGAAGUGCCUCGUCAGCUGAGAAGACGCCACGACGUCGCGCUGCGGUUGCAUCAUCAUCUUCAUCAUCCUCACCCUCAUCCUCAUCACGCUUGCCAUCGGGAGCCUUGAGCUGCUGUGCGAUAACCUUUGACCUCCUGGCCCUGCGCCGUUUGGUUGUCAGAGUUUUUGUAAAUAAAGUUUGACUCUUCAAGCUGCCA